CUUUCUACUCUUAAAAUUGAAAGAGAAAGAUCGAGUCCUUGGGUUCGUGUACAUUUAUAUAUUUGUUUUCUUUGUGUUUUUGUUUUUGAUGGUUUCGUAUUUUAGGCCGAAGUGAAUCUGAAUGCACAAGCUUUGAAGAAGUUUGUUGGGGAGAAUCAGAGGUUUAGGGAGAGAGAGUGCUCUCUCUACUAUCAUGACCGGGAGGCUGAGAUUCGUGUUUAGGAGUUGGAGGAAGAAGUCCGAGAGUUUAUACUGUUAGAAAUAGUCUAAUGCAACAACUUCAGCUUAAGAAAUUUUCCCAGGAACCAAACAGGCAGUGAACGAAACCCUAACCCUUAGAAUUGCUUACCAAAUCCUCAUCCUUCUUUUCAUCAUUCUUCGACGGACUUCUUAUCGCGCUUGCCGCUGCCGCUUGGGGUGUUUGGAUCUUGUGGCGCUAUGUUCAAUGAACUCGCGCUCUCCAAUUUCUGCUUUCCUCUUUUACAAGAAAAGCUCAGACCUCUUGCUUUCCUUUUCACUCUCUCCGCUUAAAGAAAUGAGUUCGAUUCGAUUUAACCCGACCCGUUUUAUCGUGGGGUGAGGGAUAGUAUUGCUAUGGGGCCCAUGGCCUUUGCCGACAUAAAACAUUCAAAAUCUACAGAUUCAGACGGUCACGGGCCCCAUUAGCCUUUGCCGACGUAAAACAGUCAAAAUGUAGAUUCAGAAGGUCACGUCCCAUCCCCGAUCCUCCACGUAAUACUUCCGCGGAAAGAGUCCAGCCGAAAAAAGACGAAAAAAAUGAAGAUAUUAUUAAGCAGCAGACAAAGCGAGUGACAAACCGCCGCAAUUAACGUAGUUCACUAGACGAAGCAACCCAUUUUCCAUUUUGGGUCGAACUCAAAAGCGCGACGAAGAAGAUGGAAAAUAAGCCUCUGCUCGGCGGCGAAGCCAGCGGAGUUCGUUCCGGCGAUCGAUCGGCGGGCUUCAGACGCCGCUACGAUGCCAUCACAUUCGGCUCUCGUUAUCAGAAAGCUGCCGCACUCGUCGAUUUGGCGGAAGAUGGCAUUGGCUUGCCUGAGCAGAUACUUGAUCAAGAAAGUUUCCAGAGUGCUGCAAAGUAUUACUUUCUUUAUGUUCGAUUUAGCUUCCUUUGGGCCUUCCUAUAUUUUGCUCUCCUAAUGCUCAAUUUCCUUGAGAAACCUCUGUGGUGCGCGAGGUAUACUGAAUAUACAUGUAGUGACAGAGACUACUACUAUCUUGGGGAGUUGCCAUACUUAAAUACUGUUGAGUCGCUUAUUUAUGAGGGCAUAACACUCAUUGUACUCAUGGUGCACAUUUUCUUUCCAAUUUCAUACGAAGGGUUCCAGCUCUAUUGGAAAAAUCAUCUUAAUCGAUUUAAGGUCAUGUGCCUACUACUUUUGGUUGCUGAUCUGGUGGUUUAUUUUCUCUAUUUGUCGCCAACGGCCUUUGAUUCCCUUCCGCUCAGGAUUGCGCCAUACAUCAGAGUUAUCUUUUUCAUCUUAAGCUUUAGGGAGUUGCGGUCAUGCAUGCUCAUCCUAGCAGGAAUGCUUGGCACAUACUUCAACAUCUUGGCUCUAGGGCUUUUAUUUCUUAUGGUUGCCAGUUGGUUAGCCUAUGUCAUGUUUGAAGAUACCCAACAGGGGAAAAUAUUAUUUACUUCGUUUGGUACCACCUUGUAUCAAAUGUUCGUUUUAUUCACCACGUCCAACAAUCCAGAUGUCUGGAUACCUGCCUACAAGGCUUCACGUUGGUAUUCCUUGUUUUUUGUUCUCUACGUGCUGCUGGGAGUUUACUUUGUCACUAAUUUGAUCCUUGCUGUUGUAUACGACAGCUUCAAAAGUCAGCUUGCAAAACAAGUUUCUGAGAUGGAUCAGUCGAGGAAAAGUAUACUAAAAAAGGCCUUCAAUUUAUUAGAUAAGGAUAAAGUUGGAUCUCUCAAUAAGGAUCAGUGCAUUCAACUUUUUGAGGAACUAAAUAAAUACAGGACUUUGCCAAAAAUAUCAAGGGAAGAAUUUGAGCUGAUAUUUGUUGAGCUGGAUGACAGUGGUGAUUUCCAGAUCAACUGGGAAGAAUUUACAGACCUUUGCAAUGCCAUAAGUUUAAGAUUCCCGAAGGAGGAUACUCCAUCUUUGUUUGAAAAAUUCCCUUCAUUCUACCAUUCAGUAUUGUCUGAGAAGUUGAAGGCCUUCGUACGGAGCCCCAAAUUUGGAUACAUAAUAUCCUUCAUGCUCAUAGUCAAUCUGGUUGCUGUUAUUGUCGAAACAACGCUUGAUAUAGAAAACAAUACUGGUCAAAAGGCGUGGCAAGCGUUAGAGUUUGUCUUUGGGUGGAUAUAUGUACUGGAAAUGGCUCUGAAAGUCUAUUCUUUCGGAUUCCAGAACUAUUGGAGGGAUGGUCAAAAUCGCUUUGAUUUUCUGGUCACAUGGAUAAUAGUUAUUGGAGAAACUAUAACUUUUGUGACUCCCGACGGACUAAUUUUUUUCUCAAAUGGAGAAUGGAUUCGCUACCUUCUCAUUGCAAGAAUGUUACGAUUGAUUAGGAUCCUGAUGCAUGUCCAGCGUUACCGAGCAUUUGUUGCCACAUUUUUAGCUCUCAUACCAAGUUUGAUGCCGUACCUUGGGACCAUAUUUUGUAUAAUGUGCAUCUAUUGUACACUUGGGGUACAGGUAUUCGGUGGAAUUGUUAAUGCGGGAAAUGCCUCUUUGGAAGGAACAGAUUUUUAUGAGAAUGACUAUUUACUUUUCAACUUCAAUGACUACCCAAAUGGGAUGGUGACACUUUUCAAUUUGCUAGUCAUGGGGAACUGGCACAUUUGGAUGGAGGGUUACAAGGAAUUAACAGGAACUUGGUGGAGCGUGGCAUAUUUUGUCAGCUUUUAUCUUAUAACUGUCUUACUGCUAUUGAAUUUGGUAGUAGCUUUUGUCUUGGAGGCUUUCUUUGCUGAAAUGGAUCUUGAGACAUCAGAAGAAUGUAAAGGAGAUGAGAAGGAAGUGGAAGGAGCAAAAGAUCGACGUCGAUCUUCGGGCUCCAAAACUCAAAGCCAGAGAAUUGAUGUUCUUCUCCACCAUAUGUUGAGUGCAGAGCUAACUGAGACGCAGCCCUCUAAUGCGUAGCUUCUUAUAUUUCCAUUGUGAUUGUGUUUAUGGGACUAUAGAAACAGUGAAGGAAAUACCGACUCAAGAAGGCUACCUGUCUAUGUCUUCAGAUUCUCGUGCUGGUCUGAGAAUGAAAUCUUUUUGGAAGUGAGACCUUGCUGGAGACGAAUACAUCGUUGUUGUGCAAUGGACUAUGUUCCCGUUUAGGUUCGA